AUGGUGCCGGCCCCUGCCUCUUCCACGCGACUCCUCGACAUCCCCACAGCCCUCACGUCAUCCGGGUCGGUCAGCGUCGUCGGAGUGGUCGUUGACGUGUUUGGCGGCGUGUGGAAGUCUAAAGGCUCCUCCAGUUGCAUUACAUUCACCAUUAAGGAUUCUGACCUGAACAACGGGCACACCUGGGACGGGUUGAAGAUCAAGUACUUUAAAGAUGACGAGAGCCAACUGCCUCCCGUCCAGAACGGAGACCUGAGACAAUUCAAUGGGAAACCACUGGGCGUAGUGGCUCAAGAUCGAAAUGCCCCCUGGGCAAUCUUCCGUCAUCAUGCGGACCCUACAGCUACCGCGACUCCCCUCUGUGGGCCGGUCCCCUUUGAAUUGACUCAUCCCGAGACAAGACGUUGCCGGGCCCUGCUUGAACAAAUGGCUGGGACGAAGAAGUUCCGCGAUGAGACGACUCCAACGGUGGUGCCUUCCGCAUCCUACAACGCGCUGGAAUCAACCUCCAUAUCAACCCCCAAGUCACGACCGCGCGGGCAACGGGAAUUCUCUCUCAUCAAAGAUCUUCGACGACCAGGCACUUUCGUGGAUCUUGUAUGCGAGAUAAUCAAGGUUGACACUCGUGACAGCUACAAGACUCUGGCGUAUGUCACUGAUUACACCUCCAACCGAAAGUUGCGAGCUUAUGCUUCAGAAGAUGACGUCGGUCUUGAAGGAGACCAAUAUAAUUAUCAGAGCUGGAAGACAACAUGGCCGGGCCCCUCCGGCCAAAUGACCCUUCCCGUGCUUCUCUGGGAGCCUCAUGCAAGCUAUGCCCGGGAUCUGCUUAAAGGGGAGUUUGUUCAGCUCACCAAUGUUCGCAUCAAGGAGUAUGACUCGAAGUUUGAGGGCGUCAUUCACACAGACAAUGACAAUAUCCACAUAGAGCUGGUCGAUGCUGCGAGCAAUGACCGGGCCAAGGAACUGCUGCGGCGCAAGGAAAUGUACUGGAAGCAGAAUCCGAAACGAAAGGCAGUGGAAGAAGCCCGAUCAGCCUCCAGAGCCAAAAAAUCUAAAAACAAACCACGAAAGCCCGCGGAAGAGAGGAGGGAACAAGGCCAACACCCACUCGUUCUUAAGAAGCAGCCAUCUGUUAACCAGAAUGGUAUGACAACCUCUACAAAUGAACGGAUCUAUGGAGCUGAUUUGUCCACAACGGCAGUCAAAGCAAGUUUUUUCACACCCUGCCGCACGAUUGAAGAUAUCUUACACAAUGAAUCGCAUAACAAUAUUUCCCCAGACGGUAUCAGUUACCGCCUACCGUUCCAAAAUCUCAGCUACCGAUCCACCGUCCGCGUCGUUGACUUCUUUCCUCCUAAAUUAGAGGAUUUUGCGGUCCCGGAGGAUUCCAGUAAUGACCGUCGCUGGUCGAACGAACGUCCUAUUCGAUGGGAAUGGCGCUUCUGUCUCCUCGUUGAGAGUGCCACUUCACCUCCCACCGGACAGCCGAGAGAGCGAAUGAAACUAUAUGUUGAUAACAAUUCAGCGCAGUGUCUCCUAAGCCUUGAUGCGUGCGAGUAA